AUGUGGCAACAUUUUCAAUUCAAUCAGAAAUCUCUUCAUUUGUCGUGUCACACCAAUGAACAACUGAAUGAAUUUGACGUGUUACUACGUUCAGAAUGGGAUCGGGCUGUGACUGAGGGUCUGUUUACCUUUCAAAUCACAGAUGACGUUCAGCGACGAAUACUCGAUGAGGAUAAUCUCCAUUACAUGAUCGAGUUAAAUCCCGAUCGAUAUGGAAAACGUCGAACGCCUUUUCCUUUCGAACACGUCAACACACCAUUCGAUUCGUUGAAAUUCAAUUUCAACAAAAUAAAAGAUGCUGAAAUUCUUUUUUCCUUAGAUAAUGAACAAGAUCAUGAUAAAUACUUAGUGAUCAUCAACAAUUCACCAAUCCGUCCAUAUCACGUCUUACUUGUACCUCAUCGAGGACUGGAACAAGCACAAGUGCUGAACAUCGACUGUAUAAUAUUCGGUCUCGAGUUUGUGGCAUCGAGUGCACAUCCAUACAUUUUAGCUGGCUUCAAUUCUCUCUGUGGCUACGCAUCGGUGAAUCAUUUGCAUUUACAUGGUAUUUACAUUCCUCAUCGAUUUUACCUGCAAACAAUAAAAUGUUCGGUUUUUGAUACAAAAUCGAACUGUUAUCUGCUAGAUGCAUUUGAUACUCAAGCGUUUGCAUUUCAGUGUGCUAAUGUAGAUGACUUUCAAAGAACUGCAGAAUCUGUAUACAAAGUCACCAAUUAUCUCAGCUUACAAAACAUCGCUCAUAAUGUUGUCAUCGCUAAGGGUGAUUCGUUCUCAUCACCUUCCACAGAUGUUCUACGAAUCUUCAUAUGGUUUCGUCAAUCUAUAAUUAAUGGGCAAAUGUUUGAUCGUUGUAAUUUCGCAUGUAUUGAACUCGCAGGAUUUAUGCCAUUACAAUACGAGAACGUCUUCAAAGAUUUGGACGAAGUGGCGUUACGCGAAGAUUUGAACAGUAUUGCAUUACCUGAAGAACGACAACAGCAAGUAAAAGACGAUGUAGUAAAACUAUUAGAUUGUUAG